GGCUCCGCCCCGACGGCCGGGGGUUGGGCGAGCCAGUGACAGGAGGGGCCGGGCUGGUACUUCAGGCGACCAGGCCGGCGGGGCGCGCUCCGGAGGCUCCUGUCAGCGGCGGGUACGGCGGGUCCCAGGGCAGCCCUCGGGCGGCGGCGCUCCCUGGUGCGUCGCGGCGUGGUCCUCCGGCGGCUGUCCCGGGCGGCAGGAGUUGGUGGCGGGAUGUGCUCAGUCGGGGAGCUGCUGCGGGGCGGCGACGGCUGGGAGCGCGACGAGGACGGGGACGCGCUGGCGAAGCAGGCGGCGGCAGGGACCGAGCGGGAUCCCGGGGCGAGCCCGCGGCGGCGCGGACAGCGGCCGAAAGAGAACGAGCAGGAUGUUGAAGAUUCACAAAACCACACUGGUGAGCCUGUUGGAGAUGACUACAAGAAAAUGGGAACACUUUUUGGUGAACUGAACAAAAACCUUAUCAACAUGGGCUUCACAAGGAUGUAUUUUGGAGAACGAAUUGUGGAACCAGUAAUAGUCAUUUUCUUUUGGGUUAUGCUGUGGUUCCUUGGCCUGCAAGCCCUUGGACUAGUUUCUGUUCUUUGCCUUGUUAUUAUUUAUGUGCAACAGUAAAACAUGGCUGAAUGGAAUUGUUUGACAUUUGGUAGCCAUAUAUGUAAUUGAAGAAGUUAUAUAUUUCACUUUUUGACAACUGAAAAAGUUUGCCUUGUUUCAAAUUGUGUGCUGGAUGUUUUGUAAGUAAAUUUAUACAUGGAUGUUACUUAAAACUAAACUCUUGAUCAUAACAGGGUUGAAUAUAUAUUUUGAAUAUACAUUAGCUUAUUCAAAACUCUUGUUUCACUACUAUGAUCUCUGUCCCCUUUAUACACCUCUAUCCCUAUGCCAAAUCUUAAGUAACACCACCAGAAAGUGAACAGGGAAAAUAACAGGACAUGGAAUUCAAAUCAAGCAAUCUAGUUCUUAUAAAGAGUUCCAAUAAAACAUUUUAGAAGAAAAAGGAUGAAAUAAGCUACAAGUAAGUUUCACUUAGAAAACUGCUCCCCACUAACCCUCCCCACCAAAUAAUCCCAUAAUAUUUGGGAAAUAUUUGGAUUUCAGUUGUCCCUACCCAGCCUAAACUAAGGUAAAUGAUAAUUAGCAUACACUACCUUAAUAUUGUGAUGAAAAUCAGUAAAUAUAGAACGUUUUCUAAAGGUUGAAAAUAAUAUAUUUAUUAUUGCUGGGGAAAGUUCCCAGGUUAAAUAUAACUUUUUAAAAAUGUAACAUUUGGACCUAGACCUACUUUAGUAUAUCAUUUGAAGUUUCAGACAAUUUUGGUGCUAAUUACUUUUUGUGAGUUUUUGAAGUCUUAUAGCCUAGUUGACUUCACCCUCUGCUAAUGCCAUAUUUUCUUGUGUCUAACAAGUUGCAUAUUUUUUCCUAGAGAGACAUUUUCAGUAUAUAUUUUUUAGAAAUUUAUAAUUUUGUAGUUCUUUCAUAACAAUUAUUCUGUUUUAAAACAAUGUAUUUCCUAUCUUGACAUGGACUUUUUCACAAAAAAAAAUUAUAUUUUACUGUUGUUUUCAGGAAAAAAACAUCAUUUUUCUUUGAUAUCUAUAUCAGAAAGUACAAUAUUAACAAUAUAAAACCAAAUGCUUAAAUUUGGAGCUUAGCCAAUUUUGAUAAUAUUUUUCUAAGGCUAAAGUCAUGUCAGCAAUUGGCUAGCCAUGUUAUUAAGGUGUCUUAAUUCAGCAUUUUUAGGUUUUAUAUUGAAAUUUGCAUUUCUUUAAAUAUUCCUGGAAAAUGGGGAAUGGCUUUAGUGGUAUUUUGGGUUUUGUUAGAGAACCUGAAAUCUUUACACUUUCAUCUCAAAGACUAUAAAGGAAAGAGGUAGUUAAGAUCAUUUAGAAUUCAAGUUAAAUUUCAGAAAAUUGGGGCAGUCAGGCAUUUUUAUCUUUGGUAGGGCAACAAGUAAAACAUGUAGAGUGCUUGCUAUUCCACUUUUUAAAGCUUUUACCCAAUCUUAUUUCUAAAACUCUGUACAUUCUCAGUGUCUUCUCAUUCUGAAGCAGAAAAUAAAGAAGAACAUUCAACUUAGAUUUCUAAAAUCAGAUAAUCCUAAACAAAAAUGUUAGGGUCACUAAAAAGUAUUGUGCAUUUAUAUAAAUACAGGCCUUUUGAAAUUUGACUUUUAAAAAACAAAAGACUUUGUACGAUAUCAUUGUGUUUUUAUUGCGCUUGCAAUAUUUUUAUAGUAACCUUUAUGAAAUGAACUCAGUAUAAGUGCAAGUUGUUUGAAAAGGUGUUUUUAUUAGUGCACAGUAGAAUUGUGAGGUUUUCAGUAGACGUCAUGAGAUUUUGUAUAUCUACAUAAAAUAUAAGUACUUUUUUUCUAAUGCUACUGGAAAUUUUACUUUUCCUUUGGAACACAUAAAUAAUACUAUGUACAAAAUAAUAGCUCUGGUUCCACCAGUACCUAAUGUUGAAAACAUUUUUAAAGUAAUUUUUAAUAGUAACUAUUUAGUAUACUGUCAAUACUAUGCAUCAGUACACUGGUGUUAAUAGGGUAUAUAUUAAAUUAUAUAAAGAAAUAAGAUAUUUUGCUGUUAUUCUUUCUACAUAUAUUAUUGGUUGUUAGUACAGUAUACCAUCAAAUAUUUGGCUUUGAUAUGAGAAAAAACAAACUUUGCCUAUGUAAUGGAAAUAAAAUAUUUUCUUUUAUGAAAUAUAUUAGAAUGCAGAUUAUACUAAAAUAUCCUGAAAUAAAACUGGUAAUUUAUUUGGUU